UAUGCUAACACCCUAUACUUUGUAAUUUGCAUGUACUGCGUUUUUUUCACAAGUGCUUCUUUGCGCACUAUGUGAAGAAAUAUAUUAAAACGCCGAUGUUUUUUAUUGAGUCUCAAUUUGAUUAUAUUGAGAUAUCUUAUACUGCGGGGCUUCCAUGGACUUAUUAUACGCGUUGUGUACCUGCCCAGAAUUGUUCAUCCCUACAGAUUAAAAUCAUGCAAGAUGUAAGGAUGGAACUAAUGGAUGUAUUGCCAAAACAAAGCAAUAUUUCAGCAAUAGGAUUCCUGAUUCUAUCCAAUCUUGGUCACACGCAUCUAUUGCCGGAGACUUGGCAUAACCCUGCCGAAUCUGGUACAAAAGAGGCUAUUGCAAAGCAGUUUGCAGAUUGGUACUUUCAUGGGAAAACUGUGCAAUUCAUCCCAGACUGUCCACAUCUUUAUGGCUGUAUUUGAAAGUUGCCAUGUGAUAAGUGAACAAUGGAGUUCCAGUUCCACUUCAACAUUACUCUCUUAAACGUACCUUGUUGAAAUUAAUUAUUAUGGGGUUG